UAGACGCCUUAUGUCCGCUAAUACGAAUGUUGCGGAUCCGGUGGCGUGGCGUAGCAGCUUCUGAAUAGAUUUGUUCGCUGCUUCGUACAGGUAGACUGUCGUGCACUACUCGUUGCAUUCCGCUGGUGGAUCGUAGUGUAUUAACGAGUCUCCUGCUUUUUCGGUUUGUUGAUUCUCGCAUUCAUCAUGGUUCUUCCAUAUUUGCUUACAUAUAGUGUACUUUAUAUAUAAUGAAUUUUCUACAGUAACUCGUAGGAGCUUGCAUUCGUUGUAGUUAUCUUGCACUUUGCUUGUGGAUAGCUUUCUUAGGCACAUCUUAAAGAACCAAAUUGUUGCUAAGGUUCUUCGUGAUUUAUCUGUAAUUCUCAUAAUUCUCUCUUGACUGUCGUUGAUUUCACUUGACUGGAUAAGUGACUUGUAAUUCUGCUUUUUUUUUAAUUAUUGAGAAAUUUGACAUGUCAUAAAGACAUCUUAGUAAAAUAAAGAUCUCAGACAUAUGAGAUAAGCCUCUUUGUUGCUAUGCUCCCAUGUUAUACAGUUUGUAGAUGCUUUCUUUUACCACAAUCUCUUCUCCGUCUUGCUUGUGAUAUGAUAUGUUGCAUGUCCAUGUCCAUGAAGGAUCCCUUGUACUUGCAAUUUCUCUACUGUUGUUGCUUAUAGAUGAGCCGUAUUUAUCAUAUUUCCCUUUGAAACGCACUUGCGAAUGGCAUACUUUUGUAGUUGCUCAUGUGCAUUGCAAUCGUAUUACUCUUAUUUGUGCACAAUAUGCAAAGGGCAUUUUUACUUAGUGUAUACCCUUCAAUAUUAUUUCUUAAAUAUCUUCUUCAACUUUGUUUCUUGCAUGGUUGGGUAUAUGAACUUUUAAAUUCAUAUUCAAAAAUCCAUUGAUUACAAAUUCUUUGUUGUCUUUGAGAAUAAUCUGUAGCAAUCAUAAUGGACCUAGUGAUGUUAUAUGUUGAUGCUUAUUCUCCAAUCAUCAUGACAUGUUUUAUUACAUAUUACUAGUUUCUUCUAUCAUCACUUGCAAGUUGAGACAUUGUUGCUUUUUUUUGUAAAUAAAUUGUAUUUGACCCUUGUUCAUCACACAUUCAUUGCAAGUCUAUCUCACUUGGUUCAGACCAAGUUCAUAAGUCUCAUGUGAUUUAUUCAAUUCAAGUUCAUGUUCAUAGUUCUAUGUCCAACUCAUUUGAGUUCAAAUAGUCCCCUGCUGUCUUCUAGAGUCCAAGUCCAAGUUAAAAAUGAGUUCAAUCAAGUUCUAGUUCAUUUGCACAUUUUUUUAUUUAUUUGGGUUCAACUUCAGUUAAGUCCAUUUGAUUCAAGAAUGAGUCCACAAAUGUCCAAAUAAUGUCCAAGUCCUUGUAUGUAUUUCAGACAAAAUUUUGGCAGCCUCCCGGCGUCUCCCCCGUUUAGGAGAAAAACUAAGAGACCGCCUACCCGCCACGUCAACAAAGACGUGCACGGUUGGAGUUUGUGAGACACCGCGGCAGUAUUUUUUUUUGUAUUUUUCUCCCACCACGGCCAACAAAGGCGUGCAUGGGGUUUUAAAAAGUAUUUUAUGAAAAGAUACAGUUUUCCUUUCCCCCCGCCCGAGGGUACUUAUAAGUGACCCUGCUUCGCCGUACGUGCCGCACCAGGAUCACAUCCCACCACGGCCAACAAAGGCGUGCAUAAGACGGUUCUCCGAUUUGCCACGAACAUUGAAGUAGGGUUUUGGUGAUUGUCCGCUUUGUCGUAAGCAUCGAACAGGCGUUCCAUCCCACCACGGCCAACAAAGGCGUGCAUAGGUGGUUUUCCGGUCCGCUACGAACAACAAAACGAGAAUCUGAGUUAGAAAUUCAUACCUUCGCGAUGAUUGGUGGCGACGACGAGAUGCACAAAUACAACACAUUUCCUCUUUUUUUUAUCUCUUCUUUUUUUUUUCUUUUCUUUCUUUUUUUUUUAUCACUCAUACAUAUACACACACAUACAUGUACCAACAAUGAUAAUAUAACUAACUAAUACUAUCGACUGAUUAACAAGAUUGGUAAAAGACUCACAAUAAUCAACAUUGAUAACUAGCAUUAAUGAUAAUACUGGUAAAGUAAAAUGGAAUUAGAAUGAACUAAAAAAAAAAACUUUGCUGCUUGGGCCCUUGCCAAGGGAUUUGCUUGAGAAAUUAGGUGGGCUUUUUGGCCUUAGAAUGGGUAUAGGAGAAUUUCUUGAAGUGUGGGAUUGUUUUAAUGUGAUUCUGGAUUGCUGUAGGUUCCCACGUGAGAAAAGGGAGCAAGAAGCUUGGUGUAAUUCAUGUGAAAGGAGCAGAAGGUGAGAUACAGUAAAUGCAAUACUCUCCAAAACAAACUUUACGUGAAAAGCUUUCUUGUGGGUGGAUUUAUAAGAAAAUGAGCUGGGAUUCGGCGUUGAGAAGAACAAGGUUGAGCUGUUGAUCUUCAAGUGUAGAGAGCUGUAGGAGUUGGCUGUGAUGUGGAGGAGAUCGAAAGGGAGUAGCUGCUGUUUUUGCUUGGAGUAGUUCGGAGCAGCAGAGGGGAAGAUGUCCAACAAACUUGAACUGAUCACUAUUUCUUCAUUUCUUUUUAUAUCAAGGUCCUUGGUUAGAUAUUUCUCUUUAAUGUUAAUCUCGCAAAAUGACAAGCAGAAUAGACCCCAUGCUGAGUCCGUGAGGUGCUCUCCAUUUUACUGUCCAUAUGGAAAUAGCCGAGAACCUCUUCCACAGUAAGCUUCACCAUUUCAGGUGCAGUUGGGGCUUGGAAACAACUCAGGUUGGUAUAUGGGAAGAUGGUUGAGCAGAAAAAUGUAUUCGGGACUCCUUGCUUGCGGUCUUGAAGCAAAAACUCUUGAGUUGCCGGUAAUAUUACUUCAUUGGCGUGUAGCAGAGAAAAGGAAAUGGAAGAGCAAGACUUUCGGUUUUUCUAUCGUUGUGGAGAAGCGGGCUGCCUUUGUUGUGAUGGAAGACUUCUGGGAGAAAGUGAGAGCUUCUUUCCUUUGUGAGGAGAAGGAGAUAUUGGCGUUGGGUAGAUUGAAGAGGUGGAGGCUUUUAUUUUUGUUGUUCCAAAAAGAAAGUCCAACCGGACUUCAUUCUCCUAUCUCUUAAUUGAUGAAGCAGAUCUCCCCUCAGAUGGGUUUUACGGGACGAGAUCGCAAGCUCAGCGGGAUUCAAGGAGUUUUGACAGGAUUCAGAGAAGAAAUAAUCCGAUUUGAUACGAGGUUUGCAUUAAUGACAUUAAAUCCGAUUUGACUUUUGAUUUCUAUCAAAUUAAUAAUAAUAUUUAAUGAUAAAAUAUUAUUAUCAAUAUUAUGAUUAAUCAGAAUGACAUUUGAUCUUGAUUUGCAUGUUUCCUCGAUAUUUGUGGGUAUUUAAUCUCGUUGUGCGUGUCGAUCUUGCCGAACAAUCAUAAUUGGACAAAUUAAUAAUGGAUUUAUGGUAUUUCUGAUGUUCCGGUCGCAACGGCGAUGUCCGUCUUGAAAUCGGACGUCAUUUGAGUAUCGUCGAGGUCUCAUUUUCUUCGAAAAGCGUGUUUUGCCUCGAGAUUCGUGCCACCAUUAUGGAUACUUAAAAUUGAAUAAACAAAAUACAGUUUUCGAAGGUUGACAACGUUCCGGACGCAAUGGCACUAUCCGUUUGUUAAUCAGACGUCGUUUGGGUGGCAACGAGGCAUCAUUUCUUUCGUAGCGUAUGCCUUCGCGUCAUAUUUGAGUCGACUUUAAAAUUUACGACACCACCUCAAACGAUCCAAUUUGAUCAAAUAAAAUAUAUAUUUCUAAUGGCGAUGACGUUUCGGACGCAAUGGAGCUGUCCUUUUGUCUAUUGAACAUCAUGUCAUCUCCGAAGAGGUAAAUUUCUUUGAUAUGCGCGCUUUCGCAUCAUAUUUGGAUCGUCUUUAAAAUUUGCGACACCACAUUAAACGAUCCAAUUUGAUCAAAUAAAAUGUAGACUCUUAAUGGAAAUGACGUUUCGGACGCAAUGGUCCUGUCCAUUUCAUGAUCGGGCAUCAUGUCGUCUCCGAAGAGGCAAGUUUCCCUCGUAACGUGUGCCUUUGGAUCAUAUUUGAAUCGCCUUUGAAAUUUACGACGCCACCUCAAAUGAUCCAAUUUAAUCAAAUAAAAUGUAUAUUCUUAAUCCUAAUGAUGUUCCGGACAUAAUGGCGCCACCCAUUUUACAAUCGGACAUCAUUUCACCACCGACGAGGCUAAGAUCCCUCGAAAUACACGCCUUAGCAUCAUAUUUGAAUCCCUUUGAAAUUUGCGACACCACAUCAAACGAUCCAAUUUGAUCAAACAAAAUGUAGAUCUUUAAUGGCGAUGACGUUCCGGACGCAAUGGCGCUGUGCGUUUGUCGAUCGGACGUCGUUCGAGCAUCUUCGGGGACUCGUGUCCGCGAUAUACGCAUCUUUGCAUUACAUUGGAAUUUGUGCUACCAAUCUAUAUACUCCAAAUGGAAUAAACAAAAUGCAAUUUUCGUAGGUUGGCAAUAUUCCGGAUGCAACGAUGAAGUCUAUUCGUCAAUCCGGGAUCGUUUGAUCAGUCUUGCACUUUAAUUUCUGGUGUCGGUCGUCCCUUUUGACUGGUCUCGUCCGAUUCGAUUGUGAGAGGCCUCGACCCAAUAGAAUUCAAUGUUCUGAUUGCAACGACACCGUCCGUUUGGCAAUCAAAUGUCAUUUGACCCUUCAAGUGACGUAUGGUGCCAAGGGGAGCAAGGCUUUAUUCACCAAUUGGGGUCCUUUCUCUCAUGGUUUGAGAUAUAGGGGUCAACAGUACAAAGUUGCCUUCUCCAAUUCCUAAAACUCUUCGACACUUGUCUGUUCUAGCUGAAAAUCCAAACAUCAUAAAGGAGAUUGAGAAGUUUAAAUAUUUGCAUUCUCUUUCCUUGUUCUAUCUACCUUCUUAUCAGGAUAUCUGUGCACUUGGUAAAAUAUUCAAAGCAAUGAGAAGCCUACGCUUGUUAGAGGUAUUUGCCACAACCUUGGAAAUGAUACCUGAGGAGAUUGAAAAUUUGAUACAUCUUCGAUUCUUAAAUAUUACAAUUCGGGAUUUGACUAAGCUGCCAAGAUCUGUAAGUAAUCUCUAUCACUUGCAAUACAUAAUCUAUAUUGGAUGGAUGCCAAGGCAACUUGAAGAGGAUUUUUUACCAAGUGACAUUAAUAACCUUUCUAACUUGCGUUACUUGGAAUUUUCAUAUGGUUGUAUUUCAUCGAUAUGUGGGAUUGAGAAGCUAAAGUAUCUUACAGAACUGAAUAACUUUGUUGUUAGAGAUGUGAGUGGUUAUAGAAUUGGGGAGCUGAAGAACAUGAAUGAUCUUUGCAAAUUAGGAAUCACUUGCCUUGAAAAUGUUAAGGAUGCCGAGGAGGCUCACAGAUUUGACCUUAUGGUGGAAUAUCACUGAUUUGAGGAACAUCAAUUUAUAUGAGAAUGUGCUCGACAACCUUCAGCCACCAAAUUGUCUAAGGAAUCUGAAUAUAGAUAGCUACAUGGGUGCAAGGUCUGCUAUAUGGAUGAACAACGUCAAUCUUAUCACCAAGCUAGAGAAAAUCAAUUUGACAAACUGCAUGGAGUGGGAAACUCUUCCACCUUUUGGGCAACUGCCCUUCCUCAAGACACUGAUACUUGAUAAAAUGCCGAAAGUAAAAUGGCUCGAAAGUAAAUUUAAUGGGAAUGAUAAAUACCGUGCCUUUCCAUUGCUAGAGGUUUUACAUAUUACGGAAUUAGAAGCAUUAGAGGAUUGGUUUGAGGCAGGAGUAGCUGCUGAAGAUGGAUGUUUGUUUCCUUGCUUAAUUCAACUGGAGCUCCAAAUCUGCCCGAAGUCGAAAGAGUUGCCCUCUUUGCCUUCUAAUCUCAAGAGCUUGGACAUGCUAUAUACGGGGUGGAAGACUUUGAAUUUUUGUAGCAAUUCAAAUCCUAUUCUUCUUGAAUCAUUAAAGGUCACUUACUGUCCAAACAUUACAUCUAUUCGUCUGGCUGAUGAAAUAGCAAGACUUGCAGCACUAAGAGACUUGACAAUUAUAAAUUGCCCCAAUCUGAUCUCUCUCGGAAGAUAUCCAGAAGUGGAGGCCAAUAAUAAUUGUCAUCUCAUGCUCAACUUUCUUGAAAUAAGUGAUCCAUCGAUGUUGCUAAUGGAGCCAUUGAGAAGUAUCGCCUCCUUAAAAAAGCUGAGUAUUAUGUAUAAUGAUGAGGUGGUUUCAUUUCCAAAUGAGGCGGAGCAGUGGUUUCUGAAUGUUAGUUCAUCUCUUUCUGAGCUGCAAUUUAAAUGGCUCAAAUCCUUAGUCUCUCUCCCUUCAACCUUGGAAAGCUUAUCUUCGCUUCAGAAACUAUCUAUUGGUCCUGCCGUUCAUAUGCUUCGGGAAUUACCGAACCUUCCUCCCUCUUUGGAAUCUCUAUCAGUUGGGGGAUGUCAUCCAGAGUUAAAGGAGCGCUAUCGAGAGGAUGGAGGCUCCGAUCGCCACAAGAUUGCUCACAUUCCUGAAAUCUAUAUUUCUACCUAAGCAAACUUCUUUUUACGUACGUACUUAUCUUAUUUGUUUGAUAUCCGUAUUUUUUAAUGCAAUCUCAGCAUUAAUCUGUUUGUAAUAUUUGAUGUAAUCAAUUUUAUUUAUGUAUCACUCGAUGUACUCAACUUUA